AUGACAGGGAGCCUCCUCGCCGAUGAAGGCUGCUCGUGUCAACGCCUUCACCGGAUCUUAGAAGAUAUUAACUACAAGCUGUUUCGUUCUUCUAGUUUUCUAGAAGGCAACAAAGAAGCAACCACUGAGGAGAUUUUUGAAUGGAACUCUGACGAUGAUGUUGAAAAUGAGAACUUGGUUAAGCAUUGUUGCUUAGAAGACAACAAGAAAGCAAUAAUUGAAAAGAAAUUGGAUUGGAAGCAGUUUGGAAGUACAACAAUCGUAAUGUUGUUAACAAUUAUGAUAUGGUUGAAGAGUGUUACUGGGAUGAAAAGCAUUAUGAUGAUUCAUAUGAUGAAGACAUUGAGAUACUUGGGUUUCACCCAUAUAAAGAGGUUGUCUUCUUGA